AUGGACACCAACGACUAUGAGCGCAAUUUUCUCUUUCCUAAGCCCCCUGGGUCGAUCAUCCCCCAUAUUCUUCUCUUUAUGGUGCAGAUUUGUGCGCUGAGCGCUCCCAUAUUCCCUGGACGCAAAAUCCUUUUUACAACUACAAUUAUCAUCCUUGCCGUCGUAUCAAACUUCAGCCCUUUCACGAGUGAUGCCGGAUUGGCGCAGUUCUUCUCACUGGCAUGGCCUCAUUAUCUGUCUGUCCUGCAAAAAAUCAUAUUUGCUCCGUACCCAGGACCUGAAGUCACCCUCUGGCGCAUUGAUCGCCCCGCCCGAGAGGCACUCAACUUCAUGCCAUUCGGUAUUUCAAAGCUUGUUUGGGCUUUUAUUAUCUGGUUCAAUCUACGGGGUAUCAGGUGGAAUUUCCAGGUAAAAAACAUUCCAGAAGGGCCACGGCCAAAUCAGGGACGUUGGUCUUUUGUUGCAGGUCGUGUUCUUACCUUCAUCCGUCUCAUCAUUAUGGGGGAUUUUCUCUCGAGACUUGCAAUUCAAAAUUUUUAUACAGCCCCGGAUGGCGUUGUUGGGACUAUGAAUAGCCGGUAUCUCACAACACGGCAUCCAAACCUUAUGUGUAGGGUUUACAGGACAGCCACUGUAGGCAUGAUCCCGUAUACAUUUAUGAACUUGCAAUAUGUUGGAGGCGCCAUUGUAUGGGUCUUGUUAGGAAUCAGCAAGCCAGUGGACUGGCCCCCUUUCUUUGGUCGAUUAUCUCAAGUCACCACCGUUCGUGCAUUUUGGGGUAAAUAUUGGCACCAGAUGCUACGUCAUACAGUGAAUGCUUAUACUGGCGCUUUUGUGGACGCACUACACCUUCGACGGGGCACGCUUCGAACUUACACCCAACUCUGGCUCUCCUUCGCAAUUAGUGGCAUAAUGCAUUCUGCUGCCAUAUAUCUUAUUCCAUCGCCAUUAAACAUCACCUUUCGGGAACGCAGUCUGGGGUUUUUCCAAUUUUUUAUGCUUCAGGCCACAGCUAUCACCUUUGAAGAUUUUGUGCAAUAUAUUUAUAAAAAUCUUGUGUCAAAUUUACCCCAGCGACCAUGGCAACGGUGGCUGGGCCAUUUAUGGGUAAUUUUUUGGUUUGCCUUCUCGUUGCCAUACUUUUUGGACAUUAUGCUCAAGUUAAAGAGUAUGGAAAAGCCAAUGCUUCCCUUCACUAUUAUGAAGCCCCUUGUGCCAUAUGCAUCCAUAUGUUCUAACAUAGAGGCCGCGUGA